GCCCAGUUUGUAUUUAUCAAAUUUUUUCCGGAAGACAACCUCCGUCUUCUGUUCGCUCCCUUCCGGCUUCCUCGCGUCGUUGUCAUCAUCACCCGCCCUAUUAUUUCUUCAUUGUCUCUUCUGCUCGCUCAAUCCUCCUCCUCUUUCCUUCCGUUCAUCCCCGUCUUCCUCUGUCCAUCCAAGACUCCAUCGCCACCAUUCCCUCGCCGGAAAAGAAAUUGAACAUGAUGAUGCAAGAAACUCCAACCAUGAAACCACCUCCAAGCAUGGAACUGCCUGCAAGCAUGGACCCACCUGCAGCUGAUGCUGAGGUACAACCUGAAACACUUGAAGAAGUGAAAGAGGAAGGCCCAAUGUUUCCCUGCAACCUUUACGACGCAGAAAUGGUCCAUAAGAUAGCACAGGAAUUUCUCACAGGUCUGGCAUCUGCCUGUGUUGACAACACAACAGGUGGCAUAUUUAAGAGCCCUGCCUCUGUGGCUCUUGAUGUAAGAAGAGAGAUGGUGGACUAUCUUGUCCAAAGAAGUGAGACUUUUGUGGCAGAAUCCGUGGUCUUGGAAGGCGACUCCAUUGUAGAAAAGCCCACUGAUGCAUUUGAUAUCAUCUCUGACUUGAUCGACGAUUUUGCGCAUUCAAAAAGGAAUUUUUUCAGCCGCGUAUCCGGGUGGGUUCUGAGUGAUAGGAGAGAAGAUAGGAUAGAUGACUUUGUGCAGGAGAUGGAACUGAAUGGGUUUUGGUUGAUUGGGCGGAGGGAGUCGGUUGCCUUGACUUUGCUUAGAAACGUUGAUGUCAAGAACACGUACCAUUGCAGUGUGAAAUUUAGGUCCCAAGAAGACCUCGAACAGCAUCUUCCAUCUUGCAGUUUCAGGGUCAUGAACUGUGAGAAUGAGUGGUGUAAUGCUAUAUUUGUUGCAGGCCAUGUGAAAAAACAUGACUCUGCUUGUCCUUUCAAAAUUCUUCCGUGCGAGCAGAAGUGUCCAGAGAGCAUAAUGAGACGCGACAUGGACAGGCAUUGCAUUACCGUUUGUUCGAUGAAACUUGUGAACUGCCCCUUCUACCCCGUAGGUUGUCUGUCCACAGUCCCACAGUGCUACAUAGGGGACCACCGGUCUGAAAACCUCCAGUUUCACCUAGUUUGCAUCUUGAAGCUUGUUCACAAGGAAGCGUCUGCCGAAGCUCUGAAGAGAAGAGCAGAAUUGUUGAUGGAGGGACCUCCGCGUGAAAAGCUAGCAGCUGCUCGGGAUGCUAGAGCUCUAACCUUCGCAAUCAAGGAUCUCGAAGUUAAGCUUGGGCCUUUAGAAGAAGUGAAACCAAGUGUGGAUGAAGAGAACUCAACAGCCAAUGAAGAAGACCUUAAAGCUUUAGAGAAUGAGGGUGCCAAUAGAGAUGAGCCGAGUGCAUCUACGGAUGAAGCAAAGCCAGAGGAGUCAAUCCCCAAAGGUCAGUGUUCUCUUGAAGAGACCAUUAAAAACGAGGAACACAUACUUGAGAAAGAAAAGGUGUCGAUUUUACCCCUGAAAGAAGAAAAGCUCGAAGAACAAUCCGGGUUGAACUAGAUCAUCCGAAACUCCCUAAAACUCCACAUCUAAAAGGAAAAACAGUGCAUUUAUAGAUUCUUUUCAAUACCCUGUGGACUUGGACAUACAUAAAGCAUAUAGUGACAAACACAUAAACCUAAUUUUCCCCAAAUGCCAUUCUUUGGAGAAUCAGAGAGAGGCAUAACUUGGUAAUCUCAGAACUCUUGACAUGCUGUAGAGGCUUUGACCUGUGGGUUUUUACUCUUUAGCUUCCCUCCCAAACAUACUCACAUGUCUUUGUAAACAUUCUUUGUCCAGUUAUUGGACACAAAAUUCUUAAAUUUGCCUUGUUUGAAUUCAUCAGUUUUUCCCCCCUUCCCUUUUGAGUUUGUUUGUAUUGAUUGAAAAGAUAGUCAAUGCUGGGGAUAGUCUUGUUGUA